GCGACGUGAGAGGAAGUGUGAGAGUUGUUAGUCUGGCUGGUGCCUGUGAAAUAUAUAAAGCUGAGAAGGAGUAAAGGGUUGGUAGGAAAAGUAAUUUGAGUUUAUACCUCGAAGUAAAGCAAGACAGCUGUGAGUGGAAGUAGAUCCCUUUAAGUAAAUCGAGUUUCUGACAAGAGUGGAAAGCAGCAUUUCAGGGAGUGCUGAUAAGUGAACGGAUCUUUUGUUUACCUACUGUUUAAAAAAAAAAGGCAGAUUCUUGGUGCACUGACACUUUUAUCAACCCCCCCUUCCAGCCUCACCAUGGAGUUUCCAGACUUAGGGAAGCACUGCUCAGAGAAGACCUGCAAACAGCUAGAUUUCCUGCCAAUGAAAUGUGAUGCCUGUGAGGAGAUUUUCUGCAAAGAUCAUAUUUCUUAUGCUCAGCACAGCUGCACCUCUUCUUACAAGAAGGAUAUACAAGUUCCGGUGUGCCCAUUGUGUAACAUGCCUGUUCCUGUGAAGCGAGGAGAAAUGCCAGAUGUGAAAGUUGGUGAACACUUGGACAGAGAUUGCAAAUCAGACCCUGCACGGCGUAAAGGAAAGAUCUUCACAAACAAGUGUAUGCGUCAUGGUUGUAAACAGAAGGAAAUGAUCAAGGUCGUGUGUGAGCAGUGCCAUCAGAAUUUCUGUUUAAAACAUCGGCACCCUUUGGACCACGACUGUAAGGUAGAUGGGCGGCCUCUGUCAAAAGCAGGCCAUGCAGCCCUAAUGAGAAUGCAGACUUCAAGUAAAGGGUCUGUUUCUUCCAUCAAAGCACCGGCAACAUCCACUUCAAGUAAAACUGUCACAGUGAAUCAAAGCACUGUUCCUUCAAAUCCUCAGCAUAACAGGGGACAAGCAGUGAUGUCACAUUCGUCUAGUGGUAUCCCACCAGUUAAUGCACUACAAGGAAAUCUGAGUGAAGAAGAGGCCUUACAAAGAGCACUGCAAUUGUCACUUGCACAAUCCACCAAUGCCCUUCAGCCAUCUGGCUCACAAGAAGAUGAAGAUGUUGCUCUUGCACAGGCUUUGGCUGCCAGUGAACAAGAAGAAAUCCAGCGACAACAGCAGCGGCAGGUGUGCUGCAGUGUGAAAUAACUAAUGUUUCAAGAGCAAGUCCUCCCCACUGCCAUGUGGGACAGGUCCAAAAUCGUGACUCCAAAGUAUCAAACUGCAACAUGUCUUAAACAGCUUUGGUUCCUUAUUGGAAUUCCCGAUGCACAUCAUGAAGUAGCAGCUGUACCAUUCUGAUUUAUGCAGAGUGGCUUGGAGACCAAAAACAUGAGCAUUACUGUUAAUAAGCUGUUGAAUGUAUUUUAUUCCUAAAGAUUGUUAAUUUUAAUAUGUAUAUAUAUAACAUUUCUGACAAUCUGUUAUACUUUCUCUUUUGGGUUUAUCAGAAGGAUGGCAUUUAUUUAAAUAUAAAUAAACUGUUCAUUUAAAAUAUGUGGUGUGCUGCUUGUGCAACGUAGGUUUUUGCAAAAGUUUUCUGUAGGGUAAAUGACAGCAGUUAUACUUACAAUACAUAAACAUAGACAGAAAUAUCCAGACUUCUCUGUGUGUGGCAGAAAUAUCCGUAUUUGUCCAUGUGUGGCAGAUGUAGGAACUGCCUUGCACAUCUAUCCGGCAGCUAACUUUAUUCGUAAAAGCCUGUUUGCAGAUUGUCCUGUCCUCCUCUUUUCUUUAUUCUAGAUGUAUUUCCUUGCAUUUAGUUCUCCUAGCCUUGUAUAGCCAUACUGUGAUUCCCUUGCUUUUUAGGAGAAUAUAACCCAGGCUCUUCCUCCUAUUUCCUCAUACAGUUUAUAUGUCAAGCCUCCAACAUGUCUGCACACCUCUGCCAAAUUAAUGUCCUUCUCUGCCUUCCUACACAGCUUCCAAGUCUGUAUACAGCACUCCAUUUGCAGUCUUCCUCCACAUAUAUUCUGUUAGCCUUUGCCAACCCCCCUUCAUAUUGCUUCUCAUGAUUUAAAUCUGUUAUAACCAACACACUUGAAUAUUUUCAAUGUUUUCUACUUCUUUAAGUGCCACACUUGCUGCGUUUACUUGUAUUGAACCCCAGCUGUACUCCUGCCAGACUCCCAAGAUCCUUCCUCCAGCUAACUUUCCACAUGCUGCAAAAUAUGCACAAACCAUUUUUGUUAUGACGGUAUCCCAAAAAUUUAAGCCAUGCUAUUAGUAAAUUUGAUAUUGUGGGUGAUAUUGAGGAAAAAUAGAACCGAUAUGGAUAGAGAUUGGUGGGUGGCCGUGCCAAUGUUUUCAUUAGACAGCCAGUUGAUUAAGAACAUUGUUAACAACAACUAGAGUAUAUUAACUUGGAAUGAUGAAGUGGCUUGUUUGGUUGGGAAAGAACAUGUUUGUAAACAAAAAAGGUAGAAAUUUGAAAAAUAUUACUGAAGGGUAAACAACGUUUGAUUUUUUAUUCAACAUCAAAGUAAAGUAGGCAGUUGUAAAUAUUUGAAUUGCUCCAUUGCAGAUUCAUUUCUGAAAAUUCAAAUUUUUAUUGUGAUGCAGUAAAAAAGGAUAUAUAAAUGUCAAGGCACCAUUAAAAAAGAAAUGACAGGAACACUUUGGCAAGGCAUUAAGUGACAUGCAAGAAAUUCAUUUUCGCAGUGGUUGAUUUUGUUCCUAGUAAUUUUAAUGGUAACAAGGAAGAAGAAUUUGUUUAGAAAUCAAAUGGCAGAUUAUAUUGAAUGCUUAUACAAGUCCAGGACUUAAUGGAAUAGUCAAUUAUGCCACAGCGUUAAAAAGAAAUGGAAAUAAGAAAACAUUUAAAUGAUUUGGUCACCUGCUAUUUGAUCAUAUGAUCAUGUUGAUGAGUUGAAAAGGGUUAUUAGUAUGAGAUUUAUUCUGAUGAAGACCUAGUUUGAGGUCAAAAGCAUAAUAUUUUGAUUUAAUUUAUUUUAAUAAACAAGUUUGUCACUGUAA